GAAACUCUUCGACGUCAAGUUCAAGCUCAAGUACAAGUGUAAACAAACCGCCGCCAGAACCCCGCCAGGCCGCCCGAGGGAUAGAAGAGCCUCUUAAAAGACUCCAAAGGAAGAAGAAGAACCGAACACGCCCAGCACCGGUUUACAGGCACCAUGUCGAAGAAGAAGUAUAAUGAUCUCAUGAAGCUGGAUAUCUAUGAGAUGCUCGAGGUGCCGCUGGAGUCGAGCGAGUCAGAGAUAAAAAAGGCCUACAGGAAAAAGGCGCUAAAAUGCCAUCCAGACAAAAACCCAGACAAUCCCGAUGCGGCAGUAGAGUUUGACCAGCUGAAGAAGAUUCUAGAGGUCCUCUUAGAUACAGGAACAAGGAGAGCUUACGACAAACUUCUUAAGGGUCGCAAGGCAGCAAAACUCCGAGCCCGGGAAGCCGAUGCCAAGACUCAGAAGCUGCGGUCAGAGCUUGAGGAGCGGGAACGGCGAGCACAGGAACAACCCAAACUGUCGGAGGAGGAAAGAUUCCGUCGUGAGCUGAAACGCCUUGAGGAAGAAGGUCGUAAGCUGAUUGAGGAGGAGCUAGAGAGAGUUAACAAGGCGGUGGAGGAGGAGCUGAACAGGAGGGAUGGAACACAGGGAGGCCAGGCUGAGGAGUCCAAGAGCAGUGCACCCCAGGGCCACAAGGUCAAGGUGAAGUGGACCAUCUCGGAGGACCUGCCAGGCUACACGGAGGAGGAACUCCACCGCCUCUUCUACAAGUGGGGCGACAUCAAUGCUCUGGUGAUGAACCAGAAGAAAAAGAAAGGCACAGCUCUCAUAGAUUACAAGACCAGACAGGGAGCAGACAUGGCAGUGCAGUUUGAGAAAGGUGUCUUAGGCAAUCCCUUAGAGGUAACACGUGUGACUUCAGAGCCCACCAAGUCACACAAGAAGGAGAAGCCAAAGGAGACACCAGUAGAUCUAAAGCCAAACUAUGACUUUGAGUCAAUAUCAGCCAUGCAGCAGCGGAGGCAGGAGGAACGCAGGAAGCUUAUUGAGGAGAUCAUGCAAAAGGAAGAUAAUGCUGGUAGCUGAUGAUGCACUAAGUGAAUUUUGGAUUUGUGUAUGUGAAUGCUGUGCCCAAGCUGAGGUAGGCAAGGGCUGUAAACUUGUAGCAGUAGCAGUAAUAAAAUAUCUUUUGUCA